AUGUCCAAUUAAGUUUAAAAAUAUUUUUCAACAAAAGAUUUCAUAAAUUCUAAUUUAAAAAUGCAUCAAAAUAUGGAACUAAUCUUUGGACUGUAAAAUCUUAAUGAAGUUGAUGCAGCAUUUAUAUCAGACUUUUUGAGUUCAUGCACUAACCUAAUUUAUUUAAAAUUAUCGAUUUAGUAAUUUUAAUUGAUAACGGAAAUAUGCUAAACGAUGAUUCAGCUUUAUUCAUAGGAAAUUCUUUAUCAUCUUUACAAAAAUUAAUAUCAUUGGAGAUUGAUUUAAGCUCAAAUGAAAUUCAAAACGAUGGUGCAAAAGGUCUGUGCUAAUUUUUUACAAAAUGUUCAAAUCUAUCUAAUUUAAAGUUAGAUUUAUAGUAACUAAAACUAUAUAUAAGAUGAAGGAAUAUAGUAUAUUUGCUAGUCAUUAGGACUAUGUUAAAAUAUUUUAACUUUAGAACUUGAUUUGAGUUCUAACUAUGCUGAUAAUUUAGAUAAUAAUUUAUAAUCAAGAAAAAGAAUUCUAAAAAUGAGCAGAUUAGUCAAUAAAUAAAUUUAAUUUUGA